AUGGAAGCUGAUGGAAGAAAGGUUCAGGUUCGGUCCGGUUCAAAAUCCAAGAGAAAAGAUGGGAAAACACCGGCUAGGUCUGCCGCCGAGGAAGCUAAACGCAGGGAGGCUUUGAAGGAGACGCUGAGGGAGAAACUGGAACUAGAGCGCAGGGCUCUACAAGUUGUGGAGCGUCUCCUAGAAGACAGUGUGACUGAGGACUUCCUGAUUGAUUGUGCUCAAAUGAUCACUCCAGCCAACUACAAAGACACAGUGGAGGAGCGCUCUAUUGUUAAACUGUGUGGUUAUCCCGUCUGCGCAAACAGACUUUGCAAUGUUCCCAGUCAACAAUUCAAAAUUUCUACCAAGACAAAUAAAGUUUAUGACAUCACUGAGCGUAAGUGCUUUUGCAGUAAUUUCUGCUAUAAGGCCUCAAAGUAUUUUGAGGUUCAGAUACCUAAGACUCCUCUAUGGUUAAGGAAGGAGGAGAGACCGCCAGAUAUUAAGUUGAUGAAAGAAGGAGAUGGAGGAAGUUCAGGCUUGGAGAUUAAGUUGGCUGAUCAACCUGUCACAGAAGCAGACGUUGAGAACCCAGCCCCAGAACGUCAUUCCCGCUCACCCAACACAAGUCAAAGUGACAGUAGUGACAAUGAACAAGAUUUUGUCUCUAGCGUGGUGUCUAAGCAACGGCCACGCUCCAAAGUACACUGGGGUAAGCUGCCCAAACAUGAUGGAGGGAGCGUCGACGAGAGCGGAGGUAGAGAAAAAAACAGAACCAGUCCUCCACAUAGAGCAGAGACCCAGUGCCGCGGUGAUGUUGAUGGAUCCUCGGAGAAAACUUCUGCAAAAGACGAGAUUAGUAACAGGCCGUCCCUGCCGGAGAAAGACGUACCUGCGGAGCACGCCGUGGAGGAGACUGUUGAACUUUUGACCCAGUGUAAACUUGCAGAAAGUCACACCGUGACCCUGCCGCCUGAGGAGACCUCAGCUCAAACACAGCAGAAUGACAGCAGUAAUAGUUCUGAACCCGUUCAAUCUAACUCCACCAAUAACCUAAACAUCACCCAGGUUGGGAUGAGUAAAAAGGGGGCUGCUGGACUCAAAGCACUUUUGAAGGGCCGUGACGUAGGAAAGAAUGAGCUCCCAGUGAUAAAGCUCAACAUCCUAGCGACUCUUAAGUCCACUCUGAUGGAGUGGAGGACUGAGGAGACCUUUCAGUACCUCUAUGGGCCUGACUACAACCAGUGGACCAAAACUGGAGAACAGAGAGAGGAGGAGAGUGAGGAGGAGCCGUUGGAUGAAGAUGACCUGGAGGUGGAGGAUGGUGAUGAUGUGGUAGAUAUGUCUACACAAGGAGAAGGAAGCCAGAACAGACCUUCUGCUCAUGUUCCAGACUUUGAGACCCUGAGGAAAGAGACUGAACUGUUGGACCUGAAGGUGAAGGAGUUCUACAGAGGGGUGUGUGUCCUGCCUGAGGAGGUUCUGGAGGAGUCUGUGACAGAGAACAGAGAGAGUGAGGAUCCUGUGCUUCCCUUAGUGGACUCCCAUGCACAGAACCUUAUUCAGAAACGUAUUGUUGUGGAGAAGCUCAGCAGAAGCCUUAGAGACAUCGUGGGUCCACUGUGUUUAACCAUGGGAGAUAUCAUGAAUGACAUCAACAGUUUGGUCAGGACGUUCAGGUUCACAAACACCAACAUCAUUCACAAAAACCCUGAGUGGACCUUGAUUGCCAUUGUACUGCUUUCUGUGUUGAUGGAGGUGUCCUCGGUCUUGAGGGAGAGUCUAGAAAGGCCGUCCUCAGUGGAGUACAUUUCUUCUCUGAUGAAGGAGCUGAGACUGCAAGACCAAGACCUUCAAAGCCUGGUUUUGCUCUUCAAGCCUCAUGUCCAGUAAAAAAACAAAACAAC